AUGAAAGCCUUACUAGGGUCUCAAGAUGCUUGGGAGAUUGUAGAGAAAUGUUAUAAUAAGCCUCAAAAUAAGGCUAUUUUGUCACAAAAUGGGAAAGAUACUUUGACAAAGCAAAACAAGAAGGAUCAACAAGCACUUGCAUUUAUCCAUCAAGGUUUAGAUGAAACCAUGUUUGAGGUAGUGUCUAAUGCAACCACCUCCAAAGAAGCUUGGAAGAUUUUAAAAAUGAACCUUGAAGGGCUUGACAAGGAAUUUGAGCCUAUUUCAAAUUUUGGUAAUAAAGUAAUGGUUGUUGUAAGCCAAAUGAAGCGAUGUGGAGAAAAGGUGGAGGAUGUUCACAUAGUAGAAAAAACACUUUGCUUUUUAACCACAAAGUUUGAUUAUGUGGUUUGUGCUAUUGAAAGGUCAAAAGAUUUAGACUCAAUAUUUGUUGACCAGUUGAUGGGUUCGCUUCAAGCCUAUGAAGAGAGAUUUAAUCGAAGACAAGAGGAGCCUUUGAAGCAAGUCCUUAAAACCAAAGUCUCUUUAAAAGAAAGUGGAGGAGAAAAAAAUCAACGAGUACAUGGUCGUGACCAAGGAAAAGAAGGAAGAAGAGAUUGUGAUAAUUUUAACAAUAGAGAUGAUUAUCAACCUACUAGAGGUCGUGAAAGAGGAAGAGGCAGAGGCAAUUUUGGUAGGCCAAAUAAAAGAAUGUAUGAUAAAUCUAAUGUUGAAUGCUUCAAUUGCCACAAAUAUAGUCAUUACUCUUGGGAGUGUGGAACAAAUGUUGAGGAGAAGGCCAACCUUAUUGGAGAGAAAGAAAAAGAUGAAAAGUCAACAUUGUUGCUAGCACUUAACAAUGAAGAGAAGAGUGAUAAAUGCUUAUGGUAUCUUGACAAUGGAGCAAGUAAUCACGUGUGGUUAUAG